UUCUAGACGGAGCCGCCACUGUGGCCCCUCGUCUUGCCGCUCUCUCCUGCCCUGCCGCCGCCCUCGCCCGCCCCGCCGCCACCGCCGCCACCGCCGCCCUGCUGCCAGCGCAGUGCAUCCCCGCCCUGCUGCCGGAGCCUCGCCAUGUAAGACCAGGGACAGGGAUGAAGGAGUGCCAUGCCCGGGGGAGGGCAGGACUCCCUUUGUGUACCAGAGACUGUGGUGUGUGGUGAUCCGCGCGAGUGAGGCACCGCGUGAUCGAGUGUGUGUUAGUGAGGCGCCAAGUGGCCCCUGGGUGCCGCGGUGUGAGGGCCUCUAGCCUGGGUGAUCGGGUCCCUGAGUGAGGAGCCGCGUGGCUCUCAGGGGCCGCGUGGCUCUCGGCCGAACGGAUCUGUGGAGCCCCGGAGAGGCUCCGGGCGGGGGGCAGCCUGGCCACACGGUCGCUGCAGCGAGGAGCCCCCUCAGCGAGGGCGGCGCUGCGACGGGAUGGUGCCGGUGCCCCCUGAGAACUGGGCGUCCAUGGGCGGCGGAGGGGGCACUUCGAUAAUGGGCGGCGGCUUGGAGAGCGGGCUUGGAGGUGGCACGGGGAGCAGUGGGGGCUUGGGUGUUGGCGCCGCCCCUGCUCAGCUCCUUAAUUGGUUCUAUCUUACUCUCGCUGAUCACCAUAACCAACAACAGCAGCAACAGCAGCAGCAGCAACAGCAGCAGCAGCAGCAGCAGCAGGCUGCCGCAGCUGCGGCGGCUGCAGCCGCAGCUGCCGUAGCCCAUCCCGGACCCCAGCAGCCUCCGCUUCACUCCUCCCAGAACAAGGUGCUGGCGGGGGGAUGGGGCGGCAGCGGCGGCGCCGGCGGGGGCCAGGGUGCAGGGGGCGGCGGUGGCACUCUAGGUUCCCUGCUGGGUGGCGGGGGUGGUGGCGGCCUACUGGGAGGGUUGGCCGGACUCUCCCCGGGUGACCUCUCGGCCCUCACCUCCCUCAACGGCGCCAUCACCGCCAUCAACGGAGGCUACACCAACGGCCUGAGCAGCCCUGUCACCAGCAGCCUCAACGGUAGCAUCGGCGAGCUGGCAGACCACCUGAGUGAGCUGACCCUGGGGCUGGACAAGAAGGUGAAGGGGAGGAAGCUGCCGCCUAACUACCUGUGCCACUUGUGCUUCAAGAAAGGCCACCACAUCAAAGAGUGUCCGCAGGCCCGACCAAAGGGCGAGGGUCUCACGCCGUACCAGGGCAAGAAGAGGUGCUUCGGGGAGUUUAGGUGCACCAAAUGUAAGAGGAAGUGGAUGAGUGGCAACUCGUGGGCGAACUGCGGCCAGGAGUGUAUCAAGUGUCGCAUCAACGUGUAUCCUCACAAGCAGAGGCCGCUGGACAAACCUGACGGGCUGGACGUGUCAGACCAGUCCAAGGUGCAUCCCCAGCAUCUGUGCGAGAAGUGCAAGAGUCUCGGGUACUACUGCAGGAGGGUCAACUAACGCCGCGCCUCAUCCCGCUUCUUCGCUGCCCGCCUCCUCCUUCCCCCUCACUGAUAUGCGGCGAGCGCUCUCUCUCUCUCUCUCUCUCUCUCUCUCUCUCUCUCUCUCUCUCUCUCUCUCUGUGAAGCUCGAGCAAUCAGCGUGUGUGAGAGGAGCGCGGCCUGCUGGAGGUAAACAUACAAGUGAAUGUUUUGUUGUUCUGUAUAAUUUUGGAAGUGUCAAAAUGGCGUCCAGACGGCGUCCACACCUCAGGCAGUGUGUGGGGCGUCUGUCGUGGCCACACUGCUGCCCGUCGAUCUGAUCAAAUCUGUACUAGCAUUAUUAUUAUUAUUAUUAUUAUUAUUAUUAUUAUUAUUAUUAUUAUUAUCAUUUAUUAUUUUUUUUAUUAUCAUUUUUAUGAUCAUUAUCAUCAUUAUUAUUAAUAUUAU